AGACUCAGCACAGCCGAUUCUAGAGUCUCUGAUUCGAAGUAGACUGCAGUUGUAUUCGUUCCUCGAUAGUGCAGACGUUAAAUUUGCAGAAUGUUCGUCACGAAUUAUUUCCUCUUCAUUUCCGGGUUACUCGGGGCGGUUUGCAUCGCGGGAAUUGCUGAAUCCGUGACAUCCAAAUGUUCCGGUCGACCGCAUUACAACGUUUCAUUGACCGCCUAUUAUCCCGACUUCAACAGCGGUUUUGAAUCCGAUUACUUGGACGCCAGAGGGAAGAAAUUGCGACCAUUGCAGAAUUUCCUCGACGGGCGAUGCGACUACGUCACCGUCGGGAUGGACGAGGACCUCAACCUUGCUUACGGAUCAAGCAUCUGCGUUCCGGAGUUGAACGAACACUUCGGAAUGAACAUACCGUUUCAGGUACGAGAUCACGGUGCAAAUUUGAAAGGCACUGGAUUCUCGAGGAUGGAUAUUUGCGUGAGGAGCGAAGAAGAUAGCUAUGACAAAGCCGUGAAUGGAAUAGUCACCAUCUACGUGAUCUAACGGCGAUAUCUUUACUUUAAAAAUAUUUCAGGGGUUCCGAUGUACGCAGGUUACGUUUAUUCAUUUAUUUAUAAAGUUUACAGAAUCUGAG